AUGAACUCAGCAGCAGCAGGAUUUCAAGCCGACGCAUCAGGAACGACUCCAAAACAGCAAGAUAACAUUCCUACUCUGAGGCUAAAUGAUGGAAACGUGAUUCCCUUGCUUGGUUAUGGCCUCGGAACAGCCCGAUCUAAGCGCGGCAACAACAAGGAUGAACUAGACGAAGACUUGGUCAACAUCAUCCUGACGGCCAUCAAAGCCGGCUACUACCAUCUUGACUGUGCUGAAUCCUAUGGCACCGAACCCGAGCUAGGCGCUGCCAUCGCCCGCUCUGGCAUUUCGCGCUCCCAGCUUUUCAUCACCACCAAAACUUCCUGCCGCCCCGGCGAGUCCAUUGAGACCGCCUUCUCGCGCUCCCUCGCCAAGCUCAAGCUCGACUAUGUCGACCUAUACCUAAUCCACAGUCCCUUCUGGGCCGCCUCGCCCGAGGAGCUCCAGCAGAAAUGGGCCGAGGUCGAGGCUCUCAAGGAUGACGGCCGCGCCAAGUCAAUUGGUGUCUCCAAUUACCUGCGCGAGCACCUCGAGACCACGUUGAAGACGGCCAGGCACAAGCCAGCCAUCAACCAGAUCGAGUAUCACCCGUAUCUACAGCAUCUCGAGACGGGCGUUAAGAACGCCGAAGGCGUGGACGAAGGCCUGCUGGCGUUUCACCGCGCGCACGACAUCGCUGUCGAGGCGUACUCUCCGCUCACCGCCGUGACCAAGGCCGCGCCCGGCCCGGUCGACGAGGUGUAUGCGCGUACGGCGAAGAAGUACGGGGUGACGCCGGGCGAGGUGGCGCUGCGCUGGGUGCUGGACCAAGGGGUGGUAGCGAUCACGACGAGUGCGAGCGAGCAGCGGUUGCAGGAGUGGAAGCGGCGGGUGCCGCUGUUCAAGCUGACGCCGAGGGAGGUGGACGAGAUUGCGGAGAAAGGGAGGGAGAAGCAUUUUAGGGGGUUCUGGUUGGGUAAAUUUGAGGAGGGGGAUCGGCGGUAG